CGUUGAAGUUUCCGCUCGUUCGAAGGUCAAGCUCGUCGUUUUUUUUUUGUGUGUGUGUGUCGGAAUUGACGGAUUCCGAAUUCCGAGCUGCCGCGACGCUCAUAGCGAUCAGCGCCGUCGGCGGUCAUAGUAUCGGUGCUCGGUGGUACUGGGUGGUGCUCUGGAAGUCUGGAGUCUGGGGGGGUACGCAGACGCACAUAAGGUGCCAUUGACGAGCACCUUCGUCACUCCGUGUGUCCUGCGUGCGAUUUUCAGGACCAGUCCCUCGUAAAGAUCGCACGAUGACUGACGGCACCGGGAAUGAGGAUACCACGGCAUUCAAUUCCAUAUCCGAUCCAAGUAAGGCCAACGCCGGUACAGCGGGUCCAGUAGUUUUAUAUUCGACCGCACAGGCAUGGCGAGCUCAGUUUCAUCGCAGUCUCACACGCGCCAGUGUCUCGGAAUCGUCGGACGAGGAGGAGGAGGAGGAGGAUCUAUCCCAGUAUCAAUUCGAGGAUGACCUCGAGUACCUCAGGUCACUAGAUCCGAGAGACUGGAAGGAUCAGGAUCACUAUGCCGUUUUAGGCUUGAAGGAUCUCAGACAUCGGGCGACUGAAGAUCUCAUUAAAAGAGCUUACAAGCUUAAGAUAUUGAAACAUCAUCCUGAUAAGCGCAAGGCGAUGGGGGAGGAAAUCCGACCAGAUGACGACUAUUUUACAUGUAUAACCCGUGCCUGGGAGACCCUCGGGAAUCAGGUAAAGAGGCGAAGCUACGACAGUAUAGAUCCUUAUUUUAAUGACAGUUUACCGGAUGAAAAAGACUGUCGGAACAAUUUUUACGAAGUACUGGGUAAAGCAUUCAAAGAGAACUCACGAUGGUCCGUAAAGAAACCCGUGCCACGAUUGGGUGGACCCUUUAUGCCACGAGAGAAAGUAGAACAGUUCUACUCGUUCUGGUAUGACUUUGAUUCCUGGCGCGAGUACUCAUACCUCGACGAGGAAGACAAGGAAAGUGGUCAAGACCGGGACAUGCGCAAAUGGAUCGAGAAGAAGAACAAAGCCACGAGAGCGAAACGGAAAAAAGAGGAGAUGGCGCGAAUACGUACUUUAGUAGAUAUGGCUUACAAUAUAGAUCCUAGAAUAAAGAAAUUCCAACAAGAAGACAAGGAGAAGAAAAACGCUGCAAAAAGGGCGAAGCAAGAGGCAGCGAAAGCUAGGCAACAGGAAGAAGAGAGAAUAGCGCGAAACGCAGCGGAGAAAGAAAGAUUGGAGAGAGAGAAGAGAGAAUCUGAGGAAAGGGCGAAGCAAGAUGCGCUGAAGCAGGAGCGAGAGAUGCAAAAAAAGGCGUUGCGCAAAGAAAGGAAGGCGUUCAGAGAUUUUUGCAAGGCAAACGAUUACUUUGCUGAAAGUUCGGAAGAGAGCCUCCGACACAUGGAGAGCGUUGAAAAGAUCUGUGAACUGUUCAAGCUCGUGCAGCUCGAAAAGGCGAUGAAGAAUCUUCAGACUAAUGGUAGAACCGCAUUUUUGAACAUUGUUGAAGAAACUGAACGAAGAAUUGAGGCGGAACGCCGUGUAAAUGUGAUAAAUAACGAUGCAAAAAACACCCCCGAUAAGCAGAUUAAGACUUGUACUGCACCAUGGAGCGAGACCGACUUGCAACUAUUGAUAAAAGCAGUCAAUUUGUUUCCCGCCGGUACCAAUCAACGUUGGGAAGUAGUAGCGAAUUUCAUCAAUCAACAUAGUAAUAGUACCAGUGGAGUCACCCGCGACGCCAAAGAAGUCCUGGCAAAAGCCAAGAGUCUCCAAUCAACCGACUUUAGUAAAUCGAGUUUAAAAGAACAGGCUAACAAGAAAGCCUUCGACAACUUUAUUGCCGAGAAAAAGAGCAAGGAAGCUAUCGAGGAAAGAAUGCCAGCCGUUACGGAACGUCUAGAUCAUCCAAUCGCGAAUGGUGUCGCUGUUGAAUCCAAAGAGGCAAAAAAGGAAUUGGCGCCAUGGACACCAAAUGAACAAAAACUCUUGGAACAAGCACUGAAAACGUACCCCACAACGGUCCCAGAUAGGUGGGACCAGAUUGCUGCAUGUAUACCUACUAGAACGAAAAAAGAAUGCAUGAAGAGAUACAAGGAACUGGUCGAGCUCGUCAAAGCGAAGAAAGCGGCGCAGAUGACGAAAUAAUAUUAACUGCACGCUAAGCUCGAAAUUUUUUUCUAACUUAUUGAACUCUAGUUCAAGUUCGCGUUCUGACGCAACGGCUAUUUUGUUCCUCGAAAUGGAAUUCUUCCCUAGAGAAAUUAAACGAAAUUUAAGACUGGAGGACAAGAACCUUAGCUUACUCAUUGAGUGCCAGUUCGCGUGCAUACUUGUGCCUUGCUGUGCAGCCGAUACGUGCACAAAUUAGUUGCACGGCAUACAGAGAAAUUCGACGAGUUCUGUUCAGUCGAUUCUGCGAUCUUAUUCCUACGCGCCGUAACACUUUGAAGCCGUGCUGCUACCCGAUCAUUACUUCCGUAAAGAUGAAGCUUAUGACUUAGGAGGAUCUUUUUAUUCGGCAACAUGAAUUUUUGCGAUCGACCUACACUUCAUAUUGUAAGUACUGUAAAAUACAGAAGAGUUGCUGGCGCCGCCAGGAGAUGACCAGAGGAAGACGGUGGACUUUAUAAAUAAACGAGAAUGUUUGGAACAAAGUGCUCACAUUGAUGAAUGUUCCCGUGAUCCUGUUCCGUGAGUACUAAUCCUUUAUCCUAAUUAUAUGAAUCCUUUAUUUACUAUAAUUAUGUGAACGUUUUAAAUGAAUGAAAAUCAUAUUUAAUAUCCUAAGAGAAAAACAUUGCUAAACUUGUAUAAUUUUUUUAUCUUGCUCUUUUGUCUUAAUUCAUGAAAACAAUGUUCCAAUAUA